AUGGGCGAUACGAAUGGACAAGUAGUAGCUGGUGGCAAUGGCGAAGGAAAUCGAUUGGAUCAAUUGUAUCGACCAACCGAUGUAUUGAUUGACAAAGAGACGGAUAGUCUCAUUAUUUGUGAUUGGUUGAAUCGACGAGUCGUUCGAUGGUCUCGUCGUAAUGGUACAACUCAAGGAGAAAUUCUCAUCGACAACAUCGAUCCUUAUGGAUUGGCCAUGGAUGAUCAGAGAUAUCUCUACAUCUCUGACAAUGAAAAACAUGAAGUAAGACGAUAUCAAAUAGGAGACAAGAAUGGAACUCUUGUGGCUGGUGGCAAUGGCGAAGAUGAUGGUCUCAAUCAACUCAACACGCCGACCUACCUCUUUGUCGAUCAACAGCAGACUGUCUACGUGUCAGACCAAAACAAUCAUCGUGUAAUGAAAUGGAAUAAAGGUGCAAAAGAAGGAAUUGUCGUCGCUGGAGGUCAAGGGGAAGGGAAUGCUCUGAUACAAUUGUCGGAUCCUUACGGACUGUUCGUUGAUACAUUGGGUACCAUCUAUGUGGCAAACCGGGGAAAUCAUCGAGUGAUGCGUUGGCCUAAAGGAGGGAAACGGGGGACUGUCAUUGUGGGUGGAAAUGGUCAAGGAGAACGAGCAAAUCAGUUCAACUAUCUACGUGGUUUGUCCUUCGAUCGACAUGGCAAUCUCUAUGUCGUCGAUAGGAAUAAUCAUCGUGUUCAACGUUUUUCAAUCGAAUAGACUCGUCGUGAUAGAUUUUUUUUGCGUUCCUUUCGUUUCAAAUAAAUCACAUUGAAUUCAUGAAAUGAAUGGCUUAUUCUAUUCGCGCGCACGCGAUCAGCAACCAUCCUGGUGGAGCCGUGGCGAGCGUAACGCUCAUGCACGCACAGGACAGACUCAUAUCAUUCACACCCUCCCCCAGAGAGAUAUGUCAAUGAGUCUGAAUAAGCCUGGUCGUGUGCCACGGACACCAAGACGAUUCCUGGCCGAGCUUUUAGGGACUACCCAGAAGUCCUUCAUAAGAGACGAAACCCUAACCCUCAACGAACAGAACUCACCCUCGUCUCUCACUAACACUCACUUUUCUUAGUCUCACCCUAACCUCUCAAUCUCACUAUCUAUUCUCAUCUCAAAAAAAAAAAAUUACUUACCGUCUGAUGUUGAUGACGCGAUGAUAUUGAUAGCUGAAAGGAACAGAAAAAAUAAUUUAAUCAAUGUUAUUUAAUGAAAUAGAAUGAGAUGACUUACCCUAAUGUUAUCUUUGUCUUCAUUGUUUAUUCCCUAAAAUAAAAAUAAUAAUAAUAAAAAGAUCAAAGGAGGCCUUACCCCACCAUCCUUAUGAUCGUAAAAGAAAAAAAAAGUAAAACUAAUACCUACAUUUAUUUUUAUUGUAUGGUUUGUUGUUGAAUUGUUUCAUAUUGUUUGGUUGAAGCCAAUCUAAAACAGAAAAGAAAAAUGAUUAUUAUGUGAUUCAAAAAUUUGAAUGAUUUUACCUAGAAAAUCAUUCGUAUAUAUACCUUGAAAAAUCAUUUUUUUCUCUCGUCGAAAAUGAUAUGCAUAUUUAAUUGUACAUGUUGAUCAUUGAUCGUCAAUGAUAACAAACAUGAACAAUGACUUAUGGACGAGAGAAAGACAAAAAGAAAAGAAAAGAAAAUUUCUCUCUUCACAUAUAUUUCUUUUUUCUUUCCUUUCUCUCUUGUUAACAUUAACAUAUAUAAUGAUUUAUUUAUGAAUUUUUUAGAUUUCAUCUCAUUUGGAAUGAAAAUGAAAUUGUUUUGUUUAUUUUUAUUAAUGAUAAUCAAUAACAACAUUUAUGUAUAAUUAUUUUAUUUGUUAUGAUAAAAUACAAAAUAUAUUAUAUCAGACGAACUAUUACUUAAGUAGACAUACUUAAUGUUAAAAACUGUUGAUUCAAUUUCAUAGACUGGCGAAAAAAACAAAACAAUGGAAGUUUUUAAACACUUAAAUUUUUACAAUAAUAUUCUUUUUG